CUCGGAACGAAAUACGUCCCUGCGAUUGGCUGCUGCAUCUACACCCAUUGAGUCGUCGAGGAAGUAUAAAAAGAGAGAGAAAUGGAUAAACCAUGGCAGUAGAGCACCAGACUACUACCUCACUUGACCUUCCUUCCAUCUCAACAUGAGUGACGAGAAUCCAAGUGCUUCCAAGGAGAGGAUCGCGCCUUUCCCUACGGAAGACCUCGAAGCCGCCAAAGCAACAAACGAGCCAUCCCCCGACAUGGAAGAGAACAAAGACCCCAACCUCGUCACAUGGAACGGGCCCGAUGACCCAGAGAAUCCCAAGAACUGGCCCAAGGGCUCGCGAUGGAAGAACACCUGGACCGUGUCCCUCUUCGUCUUCAUUUCGCCCGUCUCGUCGUCAAUGAUCGCCCCCGCCAUGCAAAAUCUCGGUAAGUCCCUGGGCAUGCACAGCGAGAUUGAGGUGUACCUGUCCAUGGCGAUCUUUAUCCUCGGGUACGCUAUCGGUCCCAUCUUUUUCGGGCCUGCGUCGGAGCUCUAUGGCCGUGUGCGUCUGCUUCAGGUCAGUAAUGUGUGGUAUUUGGCCUGGAAUAUGGGAUGCGGGUUCGCCAAGACGAAGAGUCAGCUUUAUGCUUUUCGCUUUCUUGCGGGCAUUGGUGGCAGCGCGCCACUGGCAAUUGGGGGAGGAGCCAUCAGCGAUAUGUGGAGCGCUGAAGAACGCGGCAAAGCCAUGGGCGUCUAUACUCUUGGCCCACUGCUUGGACCCGUCGUCGGACCCAUUGCCGGCGGCUUCAUUGCACAGUACUCGACAUGGCGGUGGGUGUUCUGGGCAACUUCCGCCGCUGCCGUCGGGGUGCAGGCCGUUGGGCUCAUCUGGCUGCGCGAAUGUCACCCAGGCACACUCCUCCGCAAGAAGCGCGACCGCCUUGUCCAGGAGACGGGAAACCAAAACCUGCAUACCAGCGAGAAGGUCGAGUCACUCGCGUAUAAGCUCAUCCAUGCUCUUGAACGACCAGUGCUCCUGUUCACCACACAGCCCAUCAUCUUCUGCAUGGCCAUCUACAUGGGGUAUCUCUUUGGAAUAACUUACCUCAUGCUCGCGACAUUCCCCGGGAUCUGGGACGGAGUCUACCACGAGAGCCCCAGCAUCGGCGGACUCAACUACCUGUCCAUCGCCAUCGGGUCAUUUGCCGGUCUCUUUUUCAACCUCAAGCUCGUCGACCGCAUCUACAGGGCCCUCAAGGCGCGGAACAACAACGUCGGCAAGCCUGAAUUCCGCAUGCCGUCGUUAGCCGUGGGCUCUGUCAUCAGCACCAUCGGCCUCUUCUGGUACGGCUGGAGCAUCGGACACACGCACUGGAUCAUGCCCAACAUCGGUGCUCUGAUCUUCACGGCUGGUACUAUCUCCUGCCUGCAGGGCAUGCAGACGUACAUUGUCGACAGUUAUCAGACAUACGCUGCCAGCGCCAUGGCAGCUUGUGCUAUUCUUCGCAGCUUGGCUGGCUUUGCGUUCCCGCUCUUCUCGUCAUAUAUGUACGAUGAUCUGGGGUAUGGGUGGGGGACUAGCGUGCUGGCAUUCAUUACCAUCGCCAUUGGCUGGACAGCGCCUUUCGCCUUUUGGCAUUUUGGACCCAAACUUCGGGCCGUUUCCAGAUAUGCCGCUGGCUAA